AUGAUGUCCCACACCUGCCUGCGAACAGAGUACAACCCAUCUCAGUCAACCUCGAACUUCGCUAGUGCUAUUGCGCAAGUGAUUGUUCCGAGCGACAAGCGCUUUGGGGUCCUUGGGGGCAUAACAAAUGUUUUGCGCGAUUUUGAGUUGAUCCCCGGAGGAUUGCGAGCUGCAGCAGCUAAUUUCGUGCCAUUGCAUCAAAGCAGUGCUCUUCGCUUUUCUCCUUGA